AGGUGGCGAUGAUCCGGCCGAUAAAAUUAAAUCACAUGAUUUCCGGCGGAACGUUAAGAAAAAAUAACAAAACAGGGUGGUAUGGCAAAGAGGUUGUGAUGAAGCCAAGGCAUAAAGCUCAGUUACCGUUGAUAUUACUAUGUGUAGCGUUCGGAUUAGGAGGUGAAGGAGCGGACACCGAGGGGAAGCCAAUGUUAGCCAGUAUCGCAUUGUUUUGUGCACCAUGAAUUUACGAGGGCUCUUUCAGGACUUCAACCCCAGCAAGUUCCUAAUCUAUUCUUGCCUGCUGCUCUUCUCCGUGUUGCUGUCCUUGAGGCUGGAUGGAGUUAUCCAGUGGAGCUACUGGGCUGUGUUUACGCCAAUAUGGCUGUGGAAGCUGUUGGUCAUCAUCGGGGCGUCCGUGGGCACCGGAGUCUGGGCCCACAACCCUCAGUACAGGGCUGAGGGGGAGACGUGUGUGGAGUUCAAGGCCAUGCUGAUAGCGGUGGGGCUCCACGUCCUGCUGUUGAUGUUCGAGGUGCUGGUGUGCGAUCGGGUAGCGAGAGGAAACUACUUCUGGCUUCUCGUCUUCAUGCCACUCUUCUUUGUGUCACCCGUUUCCGUAGCAGCGUGCGUCUGGGGGUUUAGACACGACCGCUCUCUUGAGCUGGAGGUGUUGUGUUCAGUAAAUAUUCUGCAGUUCAUCUUCAUCGCUCUGAAGCUGGACAAGAUCAUCAACUGGCCUUGGCUGGUGGUGUGUGUCCCACUGUGGAUCCUCAUGUCCUUCCUGUGCCUUGUUGUCCUUUACUACAUCAUCUGGUCAGUCCUCUUUCUCCGCUCCAUCGACAUCAUCGCCGAGCAGCGGCGAACUCACAUCACCAUGGCGAUCAGCUGGAUGACUAUCGUCGUACCGCUUCUCACAUUUGAGAUCCUUCUGGUGCACAAGCUAGACGGUCACAACAGCCUGAGCUACGUGUGCGUGUUCGUCCCUCUGUGGCUCUCCCUGCUCACACUCAUGGCCACCACCUUCGGCCAAAAGGGAGGAAACCACUGGUGGUUCGGCAUCCGGAAGGACUUCUGCCACUUUCUGCUGGAGCUCCUUCCCUUCCUGCGAGAGUACGGCAACGUGUCCUAUGACCUUCAACGUAGUGAAGACCCCGAGGCGGCCGAGGAUCUGCCCGUCCCUGAACCGCCGCCAAAGAUUGCCCCCAUGUUCCACAAGAAGACCGGCGUGGUGAUCACGCAGAGCCCCGGGAAAUACUUCGUCCCGCCACCCAAACUCUGCAUCGACAUGCCGGACUAAUGGCGGGUCAAAGCAUGAGCAGUCGUGGGUGCCGAACUAAAAAAGCCAAAACCGCUUCAGAGACUGUUUCUUUUGUUUUGUUUUAAAUCCACUCUCCACUGAAGGAUUUUGGCCCCCCCACCCUGAACUGUGCAUCAGCAUGCCCAGCACGGGCAAUCCACCUGAACUAAAACGGCGAUGGAUCCAAGAUCCCCGCUGUCCUCCUGACUUGCUGCCUUUAAAGGGUGAAAUCGUGGAACCCACGAAGGGACAGCUUUGUUUUUCACCUCUCGCUGGAGCCACACUGUUGUUGCUGACUCCUAGUUGUAUCCGUGGUGAGGAAACAUCCAAGACUCUAUUGGAUCUAAACUUCAGGCUGACAUCAGUGAGAACUGGAUGUGUGUAGACUUUAAAUGUUCGCUCUGAACUGCUGUAGAUCUUUGCUUUAUGUUCAGAGGAUGUCAAAAACAAAAUCAACACUUUUUGGGUUUGUGACGGGGACCAUUGGAGAGGCUCCAUACAGGGAUCAAU